AUGAGCUAUACCAAUUUCUUAAGUGGUGUUGUCUAUGGAAAUACUGAAAACUUCACAGGCGUAUUCUCAGGCAAUGUCGAGUCUCUAAGAAAAUCGCCUCACAUGUUGCUGCAAUGUUUCGUGAUAUGCCUCCUGGCAAUGCCCGUUCUCACAGGUCCUGGUCGAAUCUGCCCAAUGGAGUGCACUUGCAAAAUAGAUGAACAAAAUCGGCGGCAGGUUAUUUGCACAAAAGGUGGUCUCAGCGCUAUGCCAGUGGGACAAAUUGAUAGUGAUGUGCGUGUUAUUAUCAUAAAAGGCCCAGGAAACACCAUUACAAUUGGCAACUUCUUACAAAAAUUUAGACACCUUGAAGUGCUGCGCAUUACCGACUCCCAAAUACCAUCAAUGGGCUCCGAAUGCUUCUGGGGUUUAAUCAAACUACGUAUACUAGGUGAGUAG